GAAAGACCAGCUCACCCGACUCCCGCAAAGGUCCCUUCGUCUUUUCCUUCAACCUCGCAACCCACCGAAGAAGAGCCACUGGCUACCGCCAAUUACAACAUAUUCCGUACACAGAAACGACCAGCAAAAUGACUAGACGUACACCUGCCGAGGUUCUGAGCAAUUACGCUGCAGGCCUCUCGAUCAACGAUCAUGCCUCACCGACCGCCUCCGAAAAGAAGCCAGCACCUUUGUCGCCCGUAAUUACAUACAAGCCUACGUAUCCCCGAGCAGCGAGCACCUCUUUCUCGUCUACAUCAUCGGAUAUGACUCAAGCAACUACCGAAUCCGACGAUAGCAUCUCUACUGCUUGCAAGCCCGAAGAUUACAUCAAACCUUUCUGCGAUUUCUUGACCGAGAACCCUACCGUCUUCCACGCUGUAGACUACUUCAAGAAGAAGCUUAGCUCCGCUGGUUACAAAGAACUUUCUGCUCGCGACAACUGGAAUGGAGUCGUUCGACCUGGAGGCAAAUACUUUAUUACCAGGAACGGAAGCUCGCUUAUUGCAUUCAAGGUUGGCAAGGCAUACAAGCCUGGCAAUGGUAUUGGCAUGGUCUGUGGUCACGUCGAUGCCGUGACAGCUAAGCUUAAGCCUUGCAGCAGAAAGCCUGCCAAGGCUGGCUACAACCAGCUUGGUGUUGCUCCAUACUCUAGCUCUCUCAACGAGACCUGGUGGGAUCGUGAUCUCAGCAUUGGUGGCCGUGUUGUAGUCACGGAUACCGAAACCGGAGUCACAUCCACCAAGCUUGUUAAGAUUGACUGGCCGGUUGCCAAAAUCCCUACCCUCGCUGUCCACUUUGGCAAAGGCUUGCUAGGUCAACAAAACAAGGAAACACAGGCCGUACCAAUUGUCGGCCUCGAUACUACCCACACCGCUGAGGCGGAGGAAGCCCUCGGCUUUGAGGGUUCCUUCAUCAACGGUCAACCAGCUAAGCUUGUCAGGCUUAUCGCCAAGCAGCUUGGCAUCGCCGACUUCAACGCCAUCAAGGACUGGGAACUUGAGCUCUACGACUCCCAGCCUGCUCAGCUCAUUGGCUUCGACAGAGAUAUGAUUUCUGCUGGCCGAAUUGACGACAAGCUCUGCUCCUGGCCCGCCAUCAUCUCCCUCAUUGCUAGUGAGGACAAGCCCGAGGACAGCUACAUCAAGUUGGUCGGCGUCUUUGACGACGAAGAAGUUGGCUCCAGACUCCGCCAAGGUGCUGCCAGUAACUUCAUCCCUACCGUCGUUGAGCGAUCCCUCGAAGCCCUCUCCGGUGGCCCUCCUGGUGCCGGUGUUCUUGGCCAGACCUAUGCUCGCUCGUUUGUGGUCUCUGCCGAUGUCUCUCACGCUGGUAACCCCAACUUCCUUGAACAGUAUCUCCCUGACCAUAUCCCCAAGCUCAACACCGGUAUCGUCAUUGCCGCCGACCCCAACGGCCACUUCAUCACCGAUUCCGUAUCCACAACCAUUCUUAAGCGUGUUGCGGAGAUUACAAGCUCCAAGACACAGCCUUUCAUGAUCCGCAAUGAUUCUCGCAGCGGUGGAACUAUCGGUCCUUACCUUGCUUGCUUGAUGGGCAUUCGUGGUGCUGACGCUGGUAUGCCCCAGCUCAGCAUGCACUCCAUCCGCGCUACAACCGGAUCUCAAGAUCCUGGUCUGGCAGUUCAGUUCUUCAAGGGCUUCCUUGACAACUGGGAGAAGCUCGACAACGAGUGGGAAUACUAAGCUGUAAUAGAACUAUUUCAUUUUGUCUCUUUUGGAUCUUAAGGCUAGGCUGGCGUGUAUAUAGCACGGCGUGGAUACUUGAUUACGGGUUAGACAGGAGUAAAUAGUAAGCAAAGAAACCGUCUCAAUCAUCUUCAAAUUUCAUUCUACAAAUUCUUGACAUAAUCUACCAAGUAAACAUGACAAUUAAUGCUAUUGCGUGGAGAAGUCUCGAUGCCAAGGAGCAUCUCUAGGCGUCAUCUGUCUCCUGGCCACGACGGCUGAGCGUCGCUGCUUCAUCAAUAGCCAUCAAAUCGCUCUCAUCUUCUGAAGCGUCGUCUUCAUCGUCAUCAAAGUCACUGUUGAGUGCACGACGCUCGUCUUCCACGGAGUCCUCCUCUGGUUUGCGCUUCUUCUCGAAAUCUUGCUUGUGUGCUUCGGCGAUGAUUCUUGAAAGAGCUCGCGCACCAACAGAGUCGGCCCUGCGCCUAAAGGUAGCUGCACCGGUAGCUGGAGCGGCCGAAGCACCUGUAGAAGUAGCGCCGUCCUGGCGGCCAGCAUUCUGAUCCGGCAGCUUAGACAUAUUGAGCUGUGGCGCCUGUUCGUCGGUAGGCGAUAUCGCAGGGCUGGUGGUAGCGCUCGAGUGAACCAGGAGGGGUUCAAUACGGUAUGGCAGCGGUACAUCUCGCGAGGCUUUGUACUGGGAGACGUUGGCGCAAUGCUCGUUUUCAACGCGCAAAAGUGCCCAGAGUCCACGACGCAGAAUCUCAGCUAAAGCGACGAGGAAAGACACAAAGGUUGAAUGUUGUGUAUCGUGGGUGAAUAUGGCGUAGAAAAUCCAUGAGAAUCGGAAGAUAACAUCAAUGGUCAUGAUGGUAUAGUAUGGCCAUUUACUCUUUAGCGCCAAAAUGUCACGUAGUCCAAAAUUCUUUGAGUGGAACUGCAUCAAGGAGAAGUCCAUGAAGAGAUCCCAGAA